UCUCUGCCGCCCCCCCCCCCCCCCGACAUCUCGGGGUGUUUGGUGAGCGCGUGGAGACGCCGAGACGCAGCCGAGGGGACUGGUGCUCCUCGCGCCGCGGGAGAGGAGAGAGAGGACGCACGGGCCAGCCGAGGGGCAGCCACUGCCCACUGGACAGCCACUGCCCACUGAGCAGCCACUGGACAGCCAUGUCCCGGAGGGAGCCGCUGCUGCAGAAGCUGAAGCGAAGCGUGCUGACCCUGCAGGAGCAGGGUACACCAACAGUGAGCGAUGCCACCCCAGGGCUCAACACCUUCUGUGAGAACAUCGAACACAUCCUGCGGAAGGGCCUGAAACAGUCUGCGUUGAGUUUUACUAACAAGGACUACUGGAACUGGAUUGAGGCCCUCUCUGAAUUGAGCUACUGCACAAGGAACGUCCCCCUGCUCUCCUUCCUGGUGGACACGGUGAAGUCCCGAGCGGACAUUUUCACGGCCCAAGGCCGGGGCCGGCUGCUGGUCCGGGUGGCGCUCGCCAAGAAGGCGCUGAGCUCCGUCGUCCGUGAGCUCACACGCCAGCCCUGCAUGCUCCAGCAAUGGUACGAGCCCGACUCUUCCAUCAUUGGCAACGAAGACAUGUUGGAGCCAUUCCUGUCGCUGGUGAAUGCUGCUGCUCAACUUUCUUUCAACCUGGAGCUGGAGGUCUCCACAUUCUUGGAUGAGAGCUGGCUCCUUCCCGUGCGGCACGUGUACGAGUUUGUCCCCUGCAAGGAGCUGGGAGCCCUGCUGUACUACGUGAACGGACGCGCCCUCGUGGCCCAGCUGACGGCUGGGACGUACGUGGCGGAGGACGGCCGGCUGACGCUCGGAGACGUGAUCGACGAAAUCAACGGCGUCUCCAUUCACAACUCGGCCAAGGGCCAGGCGCUGUCGCUGCUGAGGAAGGCGCGGGGGGAGCCCGUGGUGCUGACGGUGACGAAGCGCGUGGGCCGGGACGGGAAGGUGUUCCCGCCGCUCAAGUCGUACUACAGGCGCCUGCACGAGGAGGCGCCCGAGCUGCACGUGCCCCUCGAGGUGGAGGAGCGGAAGAAGGUGGUCGAGUCGGGAGGCCAGGAGGCGACGGCCAGGCCCAGCAAGGUUCUGCUGGACGGCAGGCUCGUGCACACAAUGAAGUACCUGGGGAGUGUGCCUGUCGGCAAGGAGGGAGAAGUGAAGUCAAUAAAUCUUGGAAUCCAGCUGGUGCUCAAGGGCGAGCCACAACCUCAGGAGGUUUACCUGGACGUGCGGGAAACCGAAGUUGUCACGGUGCUCAAGAGCACGGUGAAGCUGUUGAUUACUCAUGCCUACACCGAGAUCUCAGCGGUGGGCCGACAGUUGGACAAGCCCUCACUGUUCGGCUACUGCGUAUGCUCUAAAGGUGCCGAUGAGGUCAGAACGUUUGAAUGUUACGUGUUUGACGUUGGCAAUGGUGACCAGUGCGAGGAGAUCAUCAAAAGGAUAGCGAGCGGCUUCGACAGGACCCAGUGGACGGUGUGACUGCGAGCCGAGCAGGGUUGCACCGGGCCUUCCGCGCCGGCACUGCCGCCAAGGCCCCCUUCGCGCACAACGUGCUUUUCUCUAACGUUUACAUCAAAACCCUUCGACCCGUACCCUUAACUGGAAGCAACCGUACAGAGGUGGUCACGAGCAGACGUUGUUCGUCACGCUGCUGCUUGUCGCCCACCUUCCUUCCCUCCUCGCCGCUGUUCCCACCAUGGCCCUAGCAUGCUUGCAAUGGGCCCCGAGGCAAGGAAUGAAAUGGGGGCCACCCCCCUCUAUCCAAUUUCCUGCCUCUCUUCAUAGUCCGGCACCGGGGCCCCUCCAGCCUUUGGGCCCUGGGGCGGUUGCACUGCCUGCACACUCGAUAGUUGUGGCAAUGGCUGCCCAACCCUUCCCACUCAUCCCUCCCUCUGCCCUUUGUCCUGCUUUCUUCACGUAACCGCCACACCUCAUCGCAUUCACACCAUGUGUAUAUAUGUAGAACUUCUUUGGCACCCGUACGUAGCCAACCGUUCUAUAUCGGAGGUGCGGGCACAUCGGUGUGCAUCCUUACCCAUUCAACCUGUCGGCACAUUUCCCAUCGUACCAACUGCGGCACGAUAGCUCGUCCCAACUUCCCCGUGUUCAUCUCUUCUCUCGAGCCCCAGUGACGCCCAACAUGUGCAACCCAUUUCUUUAUUAUUUGCCCCAACACGCUUGGCCAGGGCGAUGGGCGGGUAAGGGCAGCAGGGCAACGCAGCAAGAAGCUCCUGGGUUCAAUUUCCAACUCGGGCACUUUUCUGCGUGGAGGAGCUGCUAUGUUCUCUCUCAGUUCUGCAUGGGGUGUUUUUUUUCUCUUAAGUUCUUUGAUUUCCUCCCAUAGCUGAAAUAUAUAUGUGUGACUGGUAUUGACCAAAGGUUUCAAUGCAACAAAAGAUUACCUGCAUAUUACACCUUUGGGAUUUCGCGUAUAAACAAUGCUCCCCCCCUCCCGACCCUUCUGACAAUACGUCUUAAGCCUCCGUGGAGACACUCCAGUAUUUUUUAUAUUUAUUUUUGGAGGUUCUCCGAGGGCCUGCUACGGAACUGUUCGUGGCAAGGGGGGAUACUAAUUGUUGGUCUUCUAUAGCAAAAUGUAUUUUUUUCCAUUGUUUCUGUAAAGAGUCUUAGAAUGCGGUUGCAUGAAGAUGCUAUAUGAAUCAAAAUAACUAUUUUGACUUGUUCAUAUGUACCACAGCCUGAUGAACAUAUUUUAACAGUAAUUUAAGAACUGUUUGUAUUUGUUUACUGAUGCACUGGUGUAGCAAGGAAAUUGCACGUGCUGGGAUUCCGCAUUGGGGCUGUACUGGCAAUGCAAUGCGGUUUAAAAUGUUUUCAUUCCAAAAUUAAUGUCAGCACAACUUGAUGUGGUACAAGGGCUUCCACCCAUUUGGGUUGGACCAGGACAGUCCACAAAUUGGCAUCUACGUUCAGAUGAAAGGAAUUCAUUUAUACCAAUAUCUAUCACCGGUAUUGUGAUAAAAGUAAUACAUUUACACUUGUAAAUCACCUUUCACUGAGGGUUCACAGAGUACUGUGCAGAGCUAAUAAAUGGUAAUAUAACAAUAGGUUUUACCCGUUCUGGCAAUAAAACAGGUGUUAAGAUGUUAGAACACCAAACAGAAUUCUUAUUCAAGGAAUCCUGUCCACUUGUAGAGAAUAUGCAAAUAAAUAACAUGCUCUGAUAAAACAUCGCCAUUGUCUUUGAAACUGAUUUCACACAAUGCAUAUAAGUACGUGUGAUUAAUGCUGGCAGGAUUCCUUGAAAAAUAAUUCAGUUUGGUGUUUUAACAUCUUAACACCUGCUGUUUUAUUGCCAGAAAGGGUAAAGCCUUAUUGUUAUAUUUUGAUACUGGCAAGAAAAUAACGUCCCAUAAUAAAUAGUAAGAUGAAAAAACCCAACGGUAAAAAAAAGCACGCAGGCUCAUGAUAAGAACAUCCCACCGAAUGAAAUGAUCCCCCAAUGGGUAAAUAAUAAAUAAAAAGACCGGGAGAGACUUGGCACUGAUACCGAAUAUCUGGUUAUGGGGUGGGGGGUGCCACAGCUUGGAGGCCACACAGGGGAAGGCCCAGUUGCCCAUCAAGCAGAGAGGGACGACCUUGGCACGCACAGCAGCAGGCCAGAGUCGUAAGACCCUGGCGAUUCUCGCUGGCACGCAAGGAUGGAGAAGAUCACACGUGUACGACGGAGUAGCAUCAUUAAAGGGCCUUGUCGGCUGAGGGGGAGGAGAAGGAGGAGGAUCUUGCAUUCCACCUGAAACUUGACUGCCAGCCAACGAAGAGAAGCACGGCAGACGGGUAGCGUGUUCAGUGGCGGGCGUGCGUGCGUGUGGGAAGUGGAGCCCAAAUAACAGCGCAAUGCGUCUUCUUGGUUCUUUCGGUAAAGUCACGUAGAAGGGAAGUAAUAAAAUAAUAAAAAAUAAAAGAUAAUAAAAUAAUUCUCACGACGUUUCGGCCACAACGUGACUUUACCGAAAGAACCAAGAGGAUGAAUCCCUGCAGUCACGAAAGCUUUAAAUCGAAAUUUAAGCGCAAUGAGUGUGCCAUAAAACGGUGCAGGCAUCUUGAGACGUCGACGCGAGAGGAGGAUGAGAGACGUGACCCAGCAGCGCCUCGGCGGUCACGUCACCACAUCAGCCGCAGGGAAGUUCGAGCGCAUCCCACAAGCCUCGAUGGGCACGAUAACGUUUAUAGCGCCGCAUUGGCUUCGAUGCGCGGUCAUGCGAUCUCCCUGUGUGGAGUGUGGCCCACGUAACCCGGGUAAGACGAGAGCCACUGCUGCAUCGUAAACUCGCAGCGACGCGCACUCGUGCCACUGUUCACGUCGCGCGCACGCACACACCCACACACACCCACGCACACACCCACACACACCCACGCACGCACACCCACGCACACACACACACACACACUCCCACACACCCCCACACACACACACCCACACACACCCACACACAUCCACACACACACCCCCACACACACCCACACACACACACCCACACACACACAACAACAACAAGCGCCAUUCGCCACUAAGUGGCGGUGACGUCACCACGACGCUUGUGCCAGGCCAAGUGCACCUUGAGGCUACCACGUGAAGUGUCGAACGCCCGCUGGCAGGAGGUCACGGGGCAGACCCAGCAGGUGCCACGGGUCGACUGACCGAGAUGACUGGCUGAUGCACCACCUGUGCCCCCUACUGUACCAACUUGCUGUGCUUUAGUCACCCGACGCUCCGCUCGUUGUUGUGAGCGUCGCUCCUCCGCCCUCCGCACACCCCCACACACAAGGCCGAUCUAAAAACAAAGCGAACUGGUGAAGAAUGAGCUCACGGUUCUGGUGAGGGUGUGGGCUGGGAGAGGGCCCUUAGGCUUCUCAACAAACCGGUUUUUCCUCGGGCGAGCACGUCAUCGCAACAGGACAAGCUUUUUUAAAUCACCUGUCAGCCCAGUUAAGCACCCUAUCAUUCCAUCCACUUUUGCCACAGACUCCACAAUGCUCCCCAGGCAGCCUGCCCUGUCCGCAGUGUUAAUCCUACGAGACCCACCACCGUAAUGCAGAGGUCGCAAACGGGUUUUCAUUCCUUACCCGUACCCGGCCGCACUUGGGUCGCAAACGGGUACCCUUACCCGGCCGGGUACGGAUAGCCGGGUAUCGGGUAAGGUACGGGUAUCGGGUACCCGGUUGCGACCUCUGCCGUAAUGCCUACCGCAGCACGUACAUGUCCCCAAACCACACCGCUGGUGCUCUAGUUGUGCCAUUUUUCCAAGAGAAAAAAAAAAUUUCAAAGGUCUUAAUAUUGUCUUGGUAUCCCCCUUUCCCCAAUGUAUCACAAUUGUGCUCGGAAAUCUCGGCAAUGUGCUCCGUUGGAAGAGAUUGUUCACGUGACUUCUACAAUUGGCCUUCACACAAGAGGGUUGACACUUUCACCCACACACACACGGCUGUAAGAUCGUCACCCGACAGACAGGUUAUCUCAUUCUCAGAGCUGGAAAUCGGCCAUAUUAAUUGCCAAACCAAAUUUUCUUUUUUACGGGGCUUUUUGCGUGCAGUCCUUGGUGACCGGGCCAUAGAUCAUACACUUGGCACACUUGAAAAUCUGGUUAAUCACGGAUGGUGAAUAUUCGCAUCCAAACCCAGAAUCUGAGUGGUGCCGACUCAGCGCUCUUAACCCCUGAACCAACCAGCCACCUGAAAUGUUGAACUCCAUUCCCGAUAUGGUGUUGUGUUGUUGAUUAAGAACACAUCUCUCUGGAGGGGGUAUUACCCUGCAGUGCCAGAGGGUAAUCACUGUAAUUGAUUUCAAGAUGCUUUUCUCAGGUGGAAGUAAAUGUGUCAAUACUGUGGAACAGAUUCCAUCACAUUGUCGAAACUCUGUAUUUCGGGAAGGCGUGGAACAAACCCGUUUUAUGAAUACCCAUGUGUUGAAAGUAAUUGUGUAUGGCAAGCUGCACCCUAUCCGUGGGUUUUAUUAAUUCUCUGGAGUUUUACAAACGUAUCGAGCUUAUAUUUGCACGCGUGACGUGAUGUGCUGCAAGCUGUAAGGGGAUGGCUGUGUGGGAGGCUUGUUAUGAUGAGAGAGAAAUUAAAACACUCGAGUCGCGCCUAUGUAUCCACGAACAUCUGAUCUUUAUUAUUGGUCGGUAAUUGAGUUCAGUUCAUGGUAGAUGGUGGUCCAGAUGUCUUGUGCCCCCCCCCCCCAAAUUAAUUGACCCCUAAUAUUUUUUCCUUUGCAUAUUCUUUUCUGUUUUAAAUUUUACUUACUUUCCUUUUCUGUUUUAAUUAAAUGGGGGCUACAAGACAUGUGGACUACCCUGUGCAUUGUGCUUGCCGCUGCAC